AUGCCCAUCCUCAACACCCAGCCCUCCCAGCCCAUAGCCUUCGCAAUCGCAGCCUCUAUAGGCGCUAUAGCAGCCACGACCGUCAUCUUUGGCUCUCUUGCCAUCCGCCGACGCAUCGCGACAGACGACCUGAAAGCAUCGAUCCCAGAAAUUUCCGAGACGCAUCAAGCAAUACAAUUGACAGAGUUUGGCGCGGCUGCUCGUCGGAAGAGCUCUACUGUAGCGGCGGGCGCUAGCAGUGAUGAGACACGAGCGGCGAAAGUCGCGGCACGGGCGCGGAGGGGCGAGUAUGAUGAGGCGCUGGUGCUGGAGCAGCUGGCGAGGAAUCGAGUGUUCCUGGGCGAUGAGGGUCUGAAGAAAGUCAGAGGUGCUUGUGUUGUAGUGGUGGGACUAGGUGGCGUCGGCAGUCAUGCUGUGGCGGCACUGGCGAGGUCGGGUGUAGAGAGGAUUCGGGUGGUGGAUUUCGAUCAGGUCACGUUGAGCAGUCUGAACCGGCAUGCACUGGCCACGGGUGCGGAUGUGGGCAGUCCGAAGGUGCAGGUUGUCAGGAAGCGAUUGGAGGCGAUCGUACCGUGGGUGAGGGUGGAUGCGAGGAACGAGCUGCUUAAGGCGGAGAGUGCAGAUCGAUUACUGGGCGACUGGAAUUACGAAUUGAGGAGUGGGGAAGAGGACGAGGAUAGGAAGGUCGACUGGGUUGUGGACGCGAUUGACAACAUCGACACGAAAGUGGAAUUGUUGAAGUACUGUUACGAUCGAGGGAUCAAGGUCAUCAGUGCUAUGGGAGCUGGCAUCAAGAGCGACCCAACCAGGGUCAUGGUCAGUGAUAUCAGUGCGAGUUUCGAGGACCCGCUAUCAUCAAGCACGCGUAGGAGGCUGCGGAUACUGGGCAUUAGAGACGGCAUCCCGGUAGUAUUCUCCUCCGAGAAGCCAGGCGAGGGGAAGGCACAGCUGCAGCCCGUGGCGGAGAAAGAGGUUGAGAAGGGCGAUGUUGGUGGGCUCGGCGUGCUCCCGGACUUCAGAGUCAGGAUCUUGCCGGUGCUGGGAACGAUGCCCGCCGUGUUCGGCUACACUGCAGCAAACCACGUGCUAUGCAGUCUUGCCGGCUACCCAAUGGAGUAUCGAGUUGGCGACAGAGGUCGAGACAAGAUGUAUGACGGUAUUUUGUCUAGCCUCCAGGGUACUGCGGAACGCUUGGUGCGAGGAGAGGGCGCAGACAGCGUCGGUCUUCGGUUACCUGUCAGCAAGGACGAUGUUUCCUACCUAGUAGAGGAAGUAUUCCGUGGGCGGAGCGUUGUUUCAGGUCUGUCUACUCGGCUGGCUCUCGUGCCAUGGAAAGCUGACGGUGGCUUCGCCUCCCUGGUCUCCAAUGAGCCUGGUCAAAAGUAUAUGAAAUUGAGCAUCGCAGACUUGGUGCUGAUGACGAAAGAAGAGGCACAAAGGCAUGAGAAGGAAGUGCUCGGAGCCAAGAUAGAUCCAGAGGAAUACUACGAUUCAGACGUGGUGAAGGUUGUUGGCAAAAGGCGGAAAGAGGAGGAGUACUACUCUCGAUACAGGUGA